GCCGUCGCGCCCCCUCUCCGCCGUACCAUGGCGACGUCCCUCCCCGCCCAGGACCCUUCGGGGGACCCCGAGGAACCCCGAGACACCCCGGAAGCGAGCCCCGCGCCACCGGAAGCCCGCGCGGACGCCACCGCCGCCAGGCUGCGGGACUUCGAGACUAGGGCCAUAGUGGGCACGGGCACGUUCGGGCACGUGCGGCUGGUGCAGGCGAAGGCGGGCGUCGUCGGGGGCGACGGCGUCGUCGGGGGCGACGGCGGCGGCGGGGGCUUCUAUGCGCUGAAGGUGAUGCGCAUCCGCGACGUCAUCCGCCUGCGCCAGGAGCAGCACGUGCGCAGCGAGAAGGCCGUCCUGCGCGACCUGCGCCACCCCUUCCUCGUCCGGCUGUUCUGGACGGGGCACGACGCGUGGGCGCUGUACAUGCUGAUGGAGUUCGUGCCGGGCGGCGAGCUGUUCGGGCACCUGCGGGCGCGCGGGCGCUUCCCGCCGGACGCCGCCGCCUUCUACGCGGCCGAGGUGGUCAGCGCGCUGGACUUCCUGCACGCCCGCCGCGUCGCCUACCGAGACCUCAAGCCCGAGAACGUCCUGCUCGACCGCGACGGGCACGUCAAGCUCACCGACUUCGGCUUCGCCAAGAAGCUCGACGGCAGGACGUGGACGCUGUGCGGCACCCCCGAGUACCUGGCGCCCGAGGUCAUCCAGAGCAAGGGUCACGGCCGCGCCGUCGACUGGUGGGCGCUGGGCGUCCUCAUCUUCGAGAUGCUGGUUGGGUUCCCCCCGUUCGUGGACGACAACCCGCCGGGGAUCUACCGGAAGAUCCUGGCGGCCAGGAUCGACUUCCCCGCGCACGUGGACCUCGCGGCCAGAGACCUCAUCAGGAGACUGCUGGUGGUGGACAGGACGCGGCGCCUCGGGAACCUGAAGAACGGCGCCGACGACGUCCGCCGCCACCGCUGGUUCCGCGCCGUCGACUGGGCCGCCGUGCCCCAGAGGAAGUUGAAGCCCCCCAUCGUGCCCGAGCUCGCGGGCGACGGCGACGCCUCCUACUACGAGGGGCUCCCCGACUCGGCCGGGCGCGGCGAGGACGAGGGCGCGGCGCCCCUCUCGGAGGAGGACCUCGAGAUCUUCAAGGACUUCUGAGGGACACGCUCGGCUCCGCCCCUCCCCGCCUCCCCGCGGAACGUUCCGGAAGCAACCGGAACCUUCCCUGCGUCCGCGGAACGUUCCGGGACCACACGGGCCGUUCCGUGUCUCUGCGGGACGCUCCGGAAACACCCGGCGCCUUC